UUAGUUCUGAAAUCUCAAAGGGAAACACAAACUAGCUAUACGCAACAACAAUUUCACAUUAGGAAAUGUCAACAAGGAUGAAGUUAGCACAAGAUAAUCCUUACUUGCAAGAGAUAACUUGCGAUUACAGUACUGCUGCGUCUGAGCAACGGCCAUUUGAUCUUCGCAAUGUGGUUCAGCUUGGUGCUUCUGAUUUGGCAGAGAUUAAUCCGACUGUCUGCUGUUUUUCACCAUCCCAUGUUUCCGUCCCGUCCUACGAUUCAGGUAAUCGCCUGAGGCCUUUAAGUGAGUCUUUGCCAUUGUACAAAGCAGCAGUGAAUGGGGACUGGAAAAGGGCUAAAGAUAUCAUCAAGGAUGAUUUGGCCUCAACGACUGACGGAAUCACAAUAUUCUCAGAGACGGCACUGCAUGUAGCUGCAGCUGCAGGGCAUGCCAAGUUUGUCGAAGAGCUAGUGCAACUCAUGCAAUCAGAUGCUCUUGAAUUACGGGAAACCAACAAUGAUGAGACAGCGAUCCACCUUGCUGCCAUUGCUGGGCAUACAAAAGUUGCCAAGGCCAUGUUGCAGAAAAAUCCCAAUUUAACACAGCUGCGUAAUAUGAAUGGAUGGACACCACUGUUGAGUGCUAUCUAUUCUUCAUCGAAUCAACCAAAGGAGAUGAUUGAAUAUCUUUGCAGUGUCACCAUUGAUGGAGAUAGUAUAAACAAUCCAUUGGUUGGUGGUGAGCUAAUCUGUACCAUUGCUAGAGCUGGUUUAUAUGAUAUUGCUAUGAAUUUAAUUCAGCAGAACCCGGAUCUGGCUAUACUGAAGGAUGAAAGUGGCUGUUGUGCAUUGGAAGUGAUGGCGGAGAGGCCGUAUGCAUUCCCAAGUUCAAGUCAGCUGCGACCUUGGCAAAGGUUCAUCUACCCAUUUAUUACAGUGGAGUCAUCUCCUGCAGUUGCCAACCAGGUAAGAGCAGAUUUGGAGAAUCCUUUACUGAUUUCAGGGGAACUAUCAACCAAUAUCACUACUCAAAGCACAACUAACAACAUCUCAGUCAUUGCCUCCUCAAUUCAAGUGCACUAUGGACGGAUAAAAGAACUACUCUUGAAAGUCCGUGGUAUCAAACAAGUAUACGAUGAAAAGUUGAUGCAUAAACAAGCCUUGGAUUUGGUCAAAUGUAUUUGUGCACAGAUUUUUCUUAUGAGCUGUUCAGGAAUCUCAGAUUUUUUCAAAGAUUCGUCUACCUUCACGACAGCCACGAUUUAUGGAACUGUCGAGGUUGUACUAGAGUGCAUUCAAAUGUUUCCCGAUCUAAUCUGGCUUAAAUCGCAAGGACGUAGUAUAUUUGAGAUUGCAAUAGAAGAACGACAUGAACAGAUCUUCAAUCUCGUACUUCAGAUGAAUGAGCACAAGAAAAAAUUGGUUUACUCGAGAGACGAGUUUGGUAAUACUAUCCUGCAUUUAGCUGCCAAGUUAUCACCUUUUUCUCAGCUUCACUCGGUCACUUGUGUAGCUUUGCAAAUGCAGAGAGAGCUGCAGUGGUUUGAGGCCGUUGAAAAUAUUACGCUACCAAUCCACAAGGUAACAAGAAACAAUGAUGGAAAGACACCAGGAAUUUUGUUCAAGGAGCAACACCAUGCCUUAAUGGAAAAAGGGGAGAAAUGGAUGAAAGAUACAGCCCAGUCGUGCAUGUUAGUAGCCACCCUCAUUGCUACUGUAGUAUUUGCUGCAGCUUUUCAAGUUCCUGGUGGUAAUUUUAGCGAUGAUGAUGGCAGUAACAAACUAGCAGGCUUCCCAAUCUUUUUACGUCGAAAUGCUUUUAUGGUGUUUGCAGUAGCAGAUGCUUUGGCUUUUUUCUCUUCCUCCACAUCGAUUCUGAUGUUCUUAUCCAUCCUAACUUCCCGUUAUGCUGAACAAGAUUUUCUCAACUCAUUGCCUAAAAGGUUAAUCAUCGGUCAUGCGACUCUUUUUUUCUCUAUAAUCACCAUGAUGGUAGCCUUUAGUGCAACACUUUCUAUUUCACUUGGUCCCAAAUUUGGAUGGGUUCCAAUUCCAUUAGCUUUAAGUGCAUGUGUCCCUGUGACCUUAUUUGCAUUCUUACAGUAUCCAUUGUUUUUUGAAAUUGUGUAUUCGACAUAUGGGCCUGGCAUCUUUCAUAAAUAAAGGAAGAAACGUCGCAGCAA